UGUCAAAAUAUAGCUAUAAUUAGCAUAAUUUUUAAUUAGUAUAUAAUUAGAUACAUAUGCGCCUUCAUCGCUCGUUUUUUAGUCAUUAUAUAUUGUUGUAGCUACAUAGGAAAUUAACCAUGAAUCCAAAAUUGUACUUCAUUGCCUUGACGCUCAUAGCGGAGCUUUUUCUUAUGCAGUUGCCUUUAGGGGAAGCCAGGAGUGUCUCUAAUGCUGCAGUGCAGCAGAAGAUCGAGGAGAGCGGCAACAUUACGAAUACCACUAGGAAUGACACUUCAAUCCAGCAACAGAACGAGACCCAGAACUCCACUUUCAGCGUUUCAGUAUCGAAUGGAACAUCUGUAUCUGGGCCUUCGGCAUCUGUUGCCCCUCCUCAAUUAUCGCCAUCUGCUGUGAAGCAUAUACGUCGCCAAAAGCGAGAAUAUUCAGUAGAUGUACCAUUUGAUUUUUUCACAAACCAUAUGCACUGCGACAUGGAUCAAGCGGGAACUAAUAAGGUUAUGAAAUUUUUCCCCUUUAAUUGCGUUUGGAUUGCAAACAAUCGCCACCAACACGAGGGCUGGUGGCGCAUUUACAUGCAAGCAUUGAUGGAGGCAUUCUUCUUUGGACAGUACUACGAGCGCUUGAGGCGCUUCGAGCUCGACCCGCACACCUUCGACUACACGGGGGUGGGUAUUUAGUACUCUAUAGUCCCCCAUAAAAUGGGUGCAAAAAUAAAAUUAUAUGUAGAUAUUUUU